AUGGCCAAAUCAAAAAAUCACACAAAUCACAACCAGAACAAGAAAGCCCACAAAAACGGCAUUCGCAAGCCCGCUUCGACUCGGUCGAGGUCCAUGAAGGGUGUUGACGCCAAGUUCCGUCGCAAUGCCAAAUACGCUGCCAUCGGCUCAUACAAGGCCCGCCUGGAAGCCAAGCAAGCUGCUGCUUCAUGA